AUGAAUGCGUUGAAGAUCAGUUCGGUUUCUGAUUGGAUGAAGCCCCUCCCUCAUUGGGCCCGUCGAGCCAGCAGAGGUGGGAACAUGGAUGUGGUUCUGAUCAUCACAAUCCAAAGACAGCACCAGGCUGGGCCCAAGAAGAUUACGGAUGAUCUGCGCAACGGACAUUGCGGCAACUUGGCCGACUCCUCACCCGACAAGCCCAAGACGGAAGUCCUGCCCCCAAGAACAUCCAUCCCAGGAGGGCUACCCGAGCCGACCUUCCUGCUCCCCAGAUUGGCCAAAUUAGUUAAGAGUGGAUGGCCCCAUCUUCGACAAGUCCCCACGGCCAAAGAUGUGCUGCAGCUGAUUGCCGAGUCGCAGCGGGCUACCCACCAGAUCCAGUGUUUUAACGCCCAGGGUGUUGACACCUUUUCCACCAGCCACCUACUGCCCCAACCCAAGGCCGUCGGCACCAGUAAAGGUCCCAUCCUGAACUUGCUCCGCCGGGGCUGCAGGAUCAAGCUUGGCCCAACAAAGAACGGCCUGUUUGAGCAGCUCAAGCGCGACAACACCCUCCUCCAGGACCUCAGCAUGAUGGACUACAGCUUGAUCAUGGCCCUCCCCAAUGUGGCUCGCGGAAACAAAGAGGGGCUUUGGAAUGAUCAGCUGCUUGACAUCAGCACCUCUGUCUUUGACGCUGCUUCAACUUCCAGGGCCUCAUGCGUCGCCUCCUUCAUCAUCCCGGCCGCCAUCUCCAGUGUUGGCCUCACAGGCGUAGCCUCCGGAGGCGUCGGCGGGGAUGAUUGGGUUGUAAUCUGUGCACAUAGUGCUAGCGCAGAGUCAGUGGAAUUACGCAAUGGGGACAACACUUUGAGAGGAUUAGUUUUUUGA